CAUUGCUCAGACACCGAAGUUCCAGACAAUUCUAUAUUAUGUUCUGUCCGUCUCACAGAGACACCAGUUGUUGUGCCAAUAUUCUGGUCAAGUGUUUAGUUUGAGUGCUUUUGGAGAGUACAAUCCUUAAAGGACGGAUUGAAAAACCCUGGUUUUAAUUUUGUUUCGUGAAACGAAAGGCAGGUACGAGUACUGUCGUAAGUCGACGGUCUGCAGGCUUCAAGCAACUAGAUACUUUGAGAAUCUCGCGUUAACAUUCCCUGAAUGAUUCACUCAGUUAGUGACGAGCCUUGAGCACUGAUUGACCUCUGAUACUACCAAAAAAAGUUGUUCCUUCAGGCAAUCUACCUUACAGAAGAGAAACAUAUCGGGUCUGCAAAUUGUCCGGAAAAUCUUCUUUGGUUUGUGAAUUCUCAAGGUCCACAGCAAAAUCCUUGGAGAAAGGUACCGGAGCGAGUUGAUCUUAGAUUUAUCGUCCGAUUGAAAAGGUAAUAUUUCCCGUUUUAUGUUACUAGGUUUUUAGCCGAUGCGCGAUCCAUACGAAAGUCUUUGUUGACACAAAAGACAUUUUGGUAGGUUUGCGGGAUAGCUGAUAACAUUAUCAGAAUUCGUUUAUCAUCACUGAUAACAAUGAAGCUUUUUAGAGGCGCAUUUGUUGUCGCUUGAGUUCUAAUUUAUUCUGGUUUACAUGUAUCGUUUGGCUUUUUUUUUCUAACAUCUUCCUAGAUUGAUAAUCCUCGUUCGCAUGAAGGGCACAUUUACUGAGUUCCCCUUCUUCGCGAUAGUUCUACUAAGAAUUCGCACUCAAUCGUAAAGUGGAAACAACAUUGGCGAAUUUUCCUUUCCGUGAAUGCAAUUUCAUUUUUCAUUUGUCAUCUUAUAGGACGCAAGCUGGACCACCAAAUAACAAAUAAUUCAUAGUUUUUACAAGUUUUACAAAUGGAACUUUUUACUCUUUGGAUUGCGGUUUGAUUUAAAGUUGAAUGUGACCAAAUAUCCUGAUAUUUUAAGACACGCACUGGUCGUAGUAUUUAAAACUCUCCUCAUAAAAAAAAUCCACCGUAGUGCGGCAAGUGAAAGAUUACUAGGACGUUUUAUAGCCAUUCAAUAUAUUUUACAUCGCACUUUAGGUAAUAAAAUCCCUUACUCAAGGUUUCCGCAUUUAGAGGAGGUGGCAGAUUUGACAGGUUUCUGUUUGUUUCCUAUCAUGGAAUGAAAGAGGUUCGCUCUGGUAGUUUUCAUGACCUGUUUAUUCGUUCAUGUACGGCAUGAAUUUUGUUGUUGUCUAAACACAUUGCAGUGUUGACUGACGAUCUAUUGGUGAACAGUCCAAAACUUUCGCGCGAAUUAAAAGUGAAAUGUGAAACAACCAAUAGCCCGCAGAGAAAUUUAGAUUUGUACUGUGGUGGGAAAUGCUGCGAAAUUUUCUUUAACGUUCGUUAAACGACCGAAUUUUGUUCAACUUCGUACACUGUAUGAGAAAGAGUUGGAGUUUAACUUGAGACUAAAACCCUGGUUACUUUGUGAACAAGAAAUGUUAGCGAGGAAACAGUGAAUAUUGUCCAGGUGCUUCGUUUUAACCUUUCCCAGCGACCUUUCGGAGAUAAAAGACAAUGCGUGGACUUAGUCCAGAAACGAAAGAAUCGGUGGUGUGCGUUGGAAAGUUUAAAUCGUAUAUAAUUUUAUUCAAUACAAUUUAUCCUCGGCCUUUCUGUACAAAGAAAAUAAUAUUUGCAUGACUAAUUUUUUUUUCGGAAGUGAAAGUGGUUUAGGACAUCUUUGAGUCUUUUGUUUUGUUUGGUGAAUCCAAUUUUGGUUUCGACACGAUAUAACGAUUCAACUUUCGUUAAGACUCUUAUUUUGUAGAGUGAUUUGGGUAUUCUUUCGCGAUAAUCAUUUCAAGGAUUUUUGCGCAUUGCUGGCUUGUAUUUCCUUAAGGAGAAGUCCUCUUCAAUUUUCUCUCAUUAUUAGUCGAUUGUCAUUGAAGAUCGAAAGCUGCGAAGAAUUUUUUAGUAGCUUAUAGGGGUAAGUCCUUUCAUAAGCUGGAUAUUUGUUUUCGUGUUGUGUUUCCAGCGUAUUUCCUUUCAUUGAUGUCGUAGCCUCCAAUUCUGUGGAUCAGUUCGACAACUAUUUGUCAUGGAACAGCAGAGUAAAUUGUCACUGCUCACAGUCCAUCAUCGAUAAAAAGUUGUGUAUUAAAUUUCGUCCAACGGCAAACACAGACGACAGUUUCAUUUUAACAAGUUACGGCGUAUUUUGUGUUUUUUCUUUUACGUGCGUGAUGUAUGCCAUGCUACAAUCUGGCAGAUUAUGUGUGUUGUUUUCCUGAUCAAAUUCCCACCGUGUUAAGCGUUUCCUUUCUGUGAUGUUUUCCUAAACGUUUCCAUAUUUAAAAAUGCGUCUUUUGUUGAUUCACUGAGAAGUGAGUUUUAUUGCAUGGACAACGUAAACAAACAUGGAGAAGAUCUGUUAGAUAAUCGGCUAAAGCUCGACUGCUUGUAACAUAAGUCCAGAGAUCCCUCUCGUUCAGUUCCCUCUCUUUACAGUCAAGAGCGUUUCUUUCUCAUCUUCUGCUAUGGCACCUCGUGUUACCUUUAUAGUGCAAAAAGGGUGAGCUCCAACGGCGCUCUAAACGAGGGUUGACUCAAAGGCUUCAGUCUUUUUUUUUUUUUUACUUUCACCUCUAACAGUGUUAAUUGUUGAUUUGCUGUCUAGUCACGCAAACGGCUUUUGGAUAAAUUGCUUAGUCUCCGAUCUGUAAAAACCGGGAAAGAUUAUUAAACUACUAUUGCUUUUGCAUUGUAUUUCUUAACCUGGGGAAAAGACAACAAAACGGAGAAUGAACAGAGGUCACGGGAACAAACAAAAACCUCCGCGCGUUUUCAUAGAAUUGUGAAAGUCUCACUGAUUUAGUGAUAAUUUUGAACAGAUUUGCAUAGAUAUGUUUUGUAGAAGCAGAGGCUGUUUAUGUAAUCGAUAACACUGCGUGGCGAAAAUUCGAUGAGUCAUUAAGAAUGUUAUUUCCCCUUGCCUCUCGUUCUUUUCACUGUUCUCUUUUGUAAAAAGGAAAACACUUUACAGCCACUGAAGUAAUAAGUUUAUCUUGCGGAAAUGUCUUAACCAAAGGAACCGCUUCUAUUCGCUGAUUUUCAUAUUUGCCCUGUCAGGCUGUGAAUAUAGCGGUUAGACGAUAUUAUAUCGAUUGGGCGUGACAAUGCUUUUCUUUUAUCAUCUAAUAAUUGCUGUGGUAUUUCUAAAGAGCGCUUUCUGUUCGCAGAAAACACAGGGUUAAAAGAAAGCCAUUUCGAUGGAAAUAAAAUGCCUCUUCUGGUUUUUCCGUUGUUGUUGUCGCACCAGAAUACGCAUUUAACUUGUAGGAUGCGAUUUCAGUCAUUAAAAUCUAGACACAGAGAUACCUUGGUACUUAAUUUUUGACCUCCACUCACUUAAAAAUGACAUUUUAAGGACAAAGAAAUUUAAGCGACUUAAUUCCAUUUAGAGCCCGAAACACCAAGUUCAAUUUUCGAAACUAAAACCACGUCGGACUUAAUCAGCUUAUUGCUGACGAACAACGCUGUAAAAACAAAGUUACUACUUUGUCACCGUAAAACGUCGAACAGGAAGCUUACACAGGAGCUGUUUUAAUUUUUCUGGAGUAAUGACGAGAAGUAAAUCAUCAUGAGAAGUGUGUUUGUAAUUCUUGAGGAAUAUUGCACACUGGCUGCCGAGCUUCAUAUCUAGCGUGGUGAUUUCUCAAGGUAGCUUCUCUCAUUUUGUUAGGUUUUUGUGUGGUCUUGUCAAAUUUUAAAGGUCGGGUUCUUUGGCUCUUUCGUGUCAAAGGGGUCGUUAGCCUUAUAAUAACGAUAAUGAUAAUAUUUGACGAGGGUAACCAACUCACCAGGGCGGUUUUCAGUAGGGCCCUCGACAUGGUACGCAGUUGUGUGAACAAGUACGCAAGAAAAGUGCCCAUUGAAGUGGUCGUAAAUUUCAGGGAAUGACCUACGUGUUUGCUCUUUGCAUAUAAGGGUGAUCAUGUUGUAAGCUUUUCCUUGUUAUGUCUUGUUUUAUUUCCAUUCUUUGUCUUUGCUUUUAUUUACCAAGCUGAAAAAAAAAGAAAGAAUCUGAAGCGACUGGAAUUAUUUUAAAUUCAUUUUUGCAUUUGUAAUGCUGAAACCAUGUUGUUGUUUAUUUGUCAGCGACAAAAUCAUUGGGCUUUUUUUAAUUCCUCGAUACAAUAUUUCUACGUGCUGCCAUCAGAUUAACGAUGUCAAAAAUUACACUGUCACUUCCUGAACUUAUAUAUCCAUUAUGUUAUAUAUCCAUUACCGCCAUUAUAUUAUCCUCGUAAUAUCGAAAGUUCCGUUUAUGCAGCUGCGAUUUGGACAUUUUCAUUUUUUUUUUUUGCAUAAUUGUCGCAGUGGAAUUUUAAGAAAAGUGGCCGGGAAAUCUUUGCGUUCUUUUGCAAUCUGGUAAUCGAGAAAUUUUUAGGGGUCUUAAAAAACUUGAAAUUAAACGACCGUCAAUAUUAUACGCGAGUCUGUGAGCAGCUAUCGGUCGGGUAAUGAGAACUGAUGCGUUGUUGGCCUAUAGACAGUUUAUGUACAACGUUCUUUCUGUUAAUGAAUUGAUAUGAAGGCCUUUAAUUAUGUUCAUUGAUUACCGUUUGGUCAAUUUCAUGGUCGCAUCGGCGCACAGAGACUCUUAUAAUUGGCGUGUGCUGGGUAUAUACUCUAAUUGUCACUGUUUUGAUCGUGAAAACGGAAUGAGAUCUGUUUUGUAUAGUGUCUAUAGUGCUUCCAAUACCGGGUACUCAUGCAUCUCCGAACUUAUCAUCCGUGAUGCAAAUCAUUGAAGCACGGUAAAAUUCCUGAAUUUCUUGUUUCCCUAAACCUUUCUGGCACCAAAAACCCACUGAAAUAAUCGAGAGAUUUGAAAACACUUCUACCGCAGAAAAGAACGGCAAACUUUACUUGAGUUCUAAUUUCGCUCUUGUCUCUUAAAAUUCUGAAAGCAAUUUCCUGCAUAAAAUGUAAAAACCUCCUAUUUACAGCAAUGGCACAAAUUUCCAUAUUAUUGAACAUUUCCUCUCAUCCUUAACUAGAUCUAAUAUUAACUUAUAAAAUGAUAAAUUUAUAGCAGGUACGAUUAUACAUGAUUGAGAGGCAGAUGUGAAAUGAUCACCUAUUCUUGCCGUUUACCUUUCGCGUAGUCUGCGCUCGUGGAGACGAGCGAAGAACCCGGCGAAUGAAGGUGGGGUGAGGUGUAGGAAGGACUUGUGUUACCCUGCUUUUUUCUCCCCUUCGUGGAGUUGCUUCGGUCGUCUCCACAAAAUUAGUGUGCAGAACGGCUGAGGCUACUGUUGGUGUGUCUCCCAUAACCAAAUUGCGAAAGCAGUAGUACUGGGUUUUUUUCUCUUACUGCUUUCUGUCAUCAAAAAUCUCUACGGAGAGAGAAUCCAGAAAACCUGCUAUAUCACCAUCAAGUUUAACGACUUCUCGUCACGUUAGUCGUUACAAGUUUAAUUCAGUUCAAUACAUCACAGAAAAUUUACGUCAAGUGAAAUACAAAUUAAAAAUUGUGGUUUGGUAGGCGAGACAAACCUGAGAGGGGUAACUUAGAAUGAUAAGCCACAAUAUAGAGGAACCAGUAAGAACAAGAGGCCUUUCUUAAGGUGCAGAAAUGGUUAAAAUGGCUCAGAGCAACAUGGGAUUGCAAAACAACCCUCAAGAGUUAAGGCUGAUUCUUUCGAGAUGCACGAGUCUAUAUAGGUUGGUUGUUGGCUGGAAAUUAGGCGCAAAUAGCCAGACCGAGGAAGAAUGGGAAUAGUCUCCAUUUUUUGUUGGCGCGGUAGUUCGUGUUUGAAUUGAUUAAAGAAACGUUCUGUCUGCAAUGCUGGUCAAAAUAACUCCUCGUAAAGCAGUCUCACAUUCAAGUGUUCUCAGUGAGUUUAUCAUGUGAUACCUCUACCGUUAGAACGAAGUAUCAAGCGCGAUAAAAAAUCAAGGAACGCAUAUUUGCUGUGAAAAACAGGCUUUUGAAUUAUAAGUUAAAACUAACUCUAGUGAAUUGAUCUUUCGUCCUCUUCAAUUUAUACACGAGGCUUUGUUGACAAAACUGAAACAACAAUGUUAUUUUAUUUACUGUAAAAGUAAAUUGGAUUUAGUCAAAUUAUAUUGUCAUGUUAUUCCACCAUAUUAUCAUGUCCGAUAUAUGAGAAGCCGUUGCCGUGGAAAAAUCGUGAUGUCUUCCACGUGGCAGAGUGCAGUGUGAGAGCACAGGCCCUCCUUAAAUUUCUUUGAUCAUAAAAAAGAUGAAUUUCUCCACUGUUCCCGCUGUUAGGCAGACCAUAGCGAAGAUACUGGAAUUUUCAAUGACAUUCGAGUAACAUGAAAAAAAGUCUUUAGGCUAUUUCCUUCCCCUCUUUGCAACGACUUAUUUUUUUUGUGGGAACGAUUUUCCGCUGCAUGAAGGAGCAUUAAAAUUUCUCUCUGCUUGCCUCUUCAAAUUUCCCUCAUUUUCUAGUAAAAAGAAAUCUGAGUUUGUUUUGUUCUCUUUCUUGAUAUGUUUCGGUAAGUGUUUUUCCUCGUCACAAGCCUAGUCAAGUAUAUAUUUUUUUUUACAAAUGUGGCCGUGUUUUUAUUAAGAACAAUCGUAAUGUUUGACCUUCGGUCAAUGAUAUGAUUGAUGGCAGAUUUUAGACAUUGAUCUCUGUUUAUUGUCACCUUGGGGCUGUAAAUCUCUUCAUGGUAUUAGCCGAAGAUUAAGUUAUUGUUCGAAAUUUCGUCUAUCGAACCAGGUGGAAAAGCAAACAUAGCUACUACAGGAGAAACCUAAACUGCUUUGCCUAAAAGAAUGAAAGAUUUCAUUUCGGUUCUCCCGCUGUUUCACCGGGAGGCCAAGCCGGAAUAACUUUGGUAAUGUAUUCUCGGUAAUUUUUGUGCGCGAAUUUGCAUUCUUAGCGUGUACAGCGCCUCAAAGAACAUCGACCAGCUGGGAUACAAACAAUUGAGACACGCAAUUUUACGCUCUGUAUCCCGACGUCGCGUUGGAAAGUCGUGUCAUAAGUGGUUUGGAAGUAGGCGAAUGCUUUGUGGAUUGAUGUUUAAUUGACCCACAAAACUGACAAUAAGAGCUCUAAAAGCCAGGUAUUGAAUUUGCGAUUCUGGGUAGAUUAUGCUUUCUUUGUUAAGGCUACUUUGAGCACUGUGUCGCAAAAUAUGAGAACUAUUAGAAUUUUGAAGUGUCCUAUAGAUUUAUAACUUCCUACAAACCUUUUUAGGACUUGAAUUAAUCUUCACGAAUGAGUGAGCAACCGAUAAUUAACUCAUUGAGCUCUGAACACGCCGAGCUGUGCCUGCGAGAAAGAGAAUUCUUCACAGCAUGUAUACAUCUUUCACCAUAACCUAUCAAGCCACGAUCUUCGUGGGCUGUAAUCAACACUCUUUUUAAGAAAGAAUGAAAAAUUAGCGGUCUACAGAUCAGCGCUGCGGUCGUCGAAAUACUUGACUACAGUAACAGCGGAACUAUUUCAUCGAAUAUUACGUGCGUGAUCUGAAGGGCACACGUCGAGAACUGUUUGUUUUUUUUUCAUCCUGUUGCGACGCCUGCCUUUUAAGGUUUGUUUUCAUUAGAAACAAACAAGUCCCGCGUCACUAGAGACAGUUGACUGCGCUCUUCAUUAUAUAAAGACGUAUCUCCAAGGAAGUGCUUUUACAGACAACGGCCAGUGCUGAAGUUUGAAAAUCUUGUGACUUAAAAAAAUCAAGGUGGUUUAACAGAAUAUUGCCAUAGGAAACAGCUUGAGGGGAAUGGGUUAAACUGUAGUUUCCUUCCGUGUUUCCUGUUACAAUUCUUCAAAUACCCUUGCCUGCAAAAUCUCCUUAGCACUUCUUAAUUCGAGGAGAUACAGGACAAUCUCAAAAUAACUGCUGAGUAACGGUGACAAGAACCAUCGCUGAGUGUGUGUGAGGUCGUUUUGUGUUCAAAGGUAAUAUUUUAGUCGUAGAGAGCUUUACGUCCGUUUCCAAAGUGCGAACUGUUUGAUCAUAACAUUUUUGAAAGAUAAAGCUAUCGUUUCUUAUGGCACACAGUUAUUUGCGAUCCUAAUUUUAUCGCGAAAAUCAUGUCAUAGCAUUACCACAUUGUUAAAAUCGCCUUCACGUAUUAGCAUCGAAGCCUGGUAUCCCUGGCAAAUUUACAAUCCCUGCUUGAUGACGAUUAUGAUCUUUAUUCUGUCACUCUGGUUGAGAUUAGUGAAGUAAUUGUUUUUAUUUGCUUUGUUUAUAUCCUAACCACAAAACUAAAAUUUUUGCCGUGGAGUGAAACAAUCUCAUUUGAUAUCAUCACGUCGCACACCACGUUUUUAGAGUUGAAGGGUUAUCUAAAAGCAUGCGCUAAAAUCAAACAAAAAAGUUUUCAGGUUUUGUUCUCAAUUUGUUCUUCAUUUCAGGAGACUAUGAAAAGCAUUCGUUUUCGUGUGUGAUCCUAUUUGUAAUGAGCUGAACGGAAUGUUGUUGAAACUACUCAACUAGAUUUGGGGCGCAUCGGAAGAGCUUAGAGUGGAGUCAAGACAAUGCAUCGCCAGCAUGUCCGAACUGCGUGAAUUAGUUGUGUGUUGCUGAGGAUUUAAGAAAGAUAUUUCAAAUAAUGCGAAGAGAUAAGCCUCUCUCGCAAUAAUCAAGUUAAGUCUAAAAAAUCGAACGGCUUUUUAUUCCCCUAAACCUGUCAGGAAUAAAAAAAAAAGGUCAAGGACGAAGACAAUUAAAACAGUAACUUAUUUUAAAAUCCAUAAACCUUGAUAAAGGCCCUUGACUAAUUUUACUUCUAUUUGCAGAGUCUACGGUGUCAUCUGUGUUGCAUGCUGCUGGAAGAUGAAACGAUUACUUCGGCAUGCCCAGAGAUUGCGAGUAUUGUUGCUUCUUGUAGCAGUUUGUUCAUUGUUCCUCGUAGCCUCUCAAAAAGACGUCGUUUGGGUAGCAAAGCAAGGUAAGGAAUACAUGAUUAUAACGUUAUUCGACUAUGGAGCUUCAAAACUUCCCAUCUCUCCUAUUCUGUUUACUGAGGAUUCUGCACUCAGUAAUCUUUCCACACAUUCGAGAACAAAGCAACUUGUAAGAGGGCCAAAAUUCUAGGGUUACUUUGUUUUUGCUUUACUUUGCUCUGUGAUUGGUAGAGAAAACUCGUGCCAUACUCCUAACCAAUCUAAAGUAAAAGGAACACCAAUCAUGACUUGGUCACCCGCAUUUUCCCGCGCUUUGGAUAGUUUGCUUUUUUUUUUUUUUUUUCAGUUUGAGUUCUUAUCGGCUGACAUGAGGUAAACAUUCGUUCUGAUUGGCUGCUUUGAUUACUUUGGGUUUUUUGACAGUCGAUUGAAAACUAAUUUAUGACUUUUUUCCAGGAACUCGCUUACCAACCUACAUUCCGCCGGACAUUGCAGCUAACAGCAUUGACUUAGGCGGCGGUGAAUCCGUUAGACCACAAAAAAAGGCACCUAAACUCGGUCGAGAGCUGAGCUCAUUCGGGAGCGACAAAGACCUCUCAGAGCUACAAAAGAAGCAGAAGGCGCUUCUUUGUGGUUCAGAAUGGCAAGAAGAGUAUACGCAACUUCACGAUGACAUUUUAAACAACCGUAAACCACCCAAAUAUCUUGUUUACUCUUGUGGGGGAAAUAAGUACGGUUGUGGCGGGUAUGGAAAUCGACUGGGAGCCAUAACAUCCCUGUUUUAUGUAGCUGUUAUAACGGGGCGUGCGUUCCUAAUAGAUUGGAACAGCACUGUUCCUAUUACGGAUUAUCUUCAACCCAAGAACAUUCAGUGGAAUUACCCUACUUCAAAACUUAAACAUUUAAAGAGAAGCUAUCAUUACUGGGGGAAAGGAGAACAUGAAAAAGUGAUCAAAGAAUCACAAAGAUCUGCAGAAACAUACGAUGUCUUCCGCGAAUGGAUCGAGGGUACGAACCUUAACAAAUAUUUCGACUCUCCUGUGGAGGUCGUCACAAGCUUAUGGUACUUUGCGUCAAGUUUUCGAGAGUAUAAGUUUGCUGGACGCAUGGCUGACAAACUCGGUGUGAACGCACGAGGCCAUCGCUUCUCUCUAGUGGGUUGUGCGUUUGAUUUUUUAUUCGAAAGGACGCCUAACUUUGAAAAAACUCUGUCCGCUGCUCGUGAAUCGCUUCAUUUCAAAGCAGACGUGCCUAGAAUCGGUAUUCACAUUCGAAUGGGAGACUCAUCUUUGUUGUCAAAAUCUUGGGAUCAAAGAACCACUAACUCUGAGAGCCUUUUCAUGUGUGCGAAGAUGUUGGAGAGUGAAAUCAUAAAAUCGAACAAAAAAAUCCACCGCGAGGAUAUUAAGUGGUUUUUGGCCACAGACAGCACCGAGGUGAAGAAAUACGCGUUGCGGACCUACCCCAACAAAGUUGUUUCUCUCGCGGUGAAAGUAGAGCACAUCAAUACCCGAAACCCUUCCACGGAGGGGAUGACGGGAGUUCUUCUUGACCACACCCUUCUGUCCGAGAGUGACUUUCUUGUGCUGUCAGACAGCAGCUUCAGCAAAACGGCUCUCGGGAUGAAUUUUCAUUCGUUAGUACAUAGUACAUUCGGUGAAAAGUGUCGGUAUAAAACAAGAUAGAUUUUCAUGUGACAAAAAAAUUAUCAGUCAAUCUAAUUUUUAUCAAAAAAUGUCUUCAUAUUGUAUUUUUAAAAUAGUUUGAUUGUUUCAAAAUCUUCUUAAAAUUUUACAUUUUCGAAGUUUCGCAAGUUAACGAGUUCUUCCGUUUGAAGAAGACUAAAAAUAUAUUUUGAAGUAAGUUAUGUCAAGAGCAUCUGUCAAAGACAAGUAUCAUCUCUUUGUUCUCGUCUGCCUUCGUGUUCUCUUCCUCGUUACUCUUUCCGAAUGAAAGAAACGUCUUCUUUUGUGUGUAUUACGUACAUGACCAUUUAAACAUUGAACGGAGGGGGUAAGUUUCCGCUGCGUCGGUGGAAGAGUAUAACAGGGUAAUUUAGUAUUAUCACCUAAGUUGUUAAUACUAAAUUACAUUUAAAAAUUGGCCGAUGCUGACACAUUCCAGCUUUCUCUGACUAUUUAUUUUAAUGAAUGAAAGUAUUGUAUAUUUUGAAAUUGGAAUGAAAAAUGUGAAAAUAUUGUCAGAAAAAUAAAUAAUCAACCGAG